GUCGGGCGUGCUUACCUAAGCAGGCUGUCCGUUCAGCCUGGUCCAGUCCAACCCCACCACAGUCUCACAGCCAACCAAACUUCUACUCCUACAAUCUCUUGACCAAACCCCCACUCUCCUUUCCCUUCUUCAUCUCAUUCCCUUCGAUCCAUCACCAAAAUUAUCAUCAACCUCCAAACAACAAACAACCUUCAAACAUGUCGCAACCUCACCACGAUCUAUCUCGGAGACAAAACCAAGCCCAACAACAGACAUUCGGAUGUCAAACUUAUCACUCCCCCACCCCGAACCAGGUCGUCGAGGCCUUCUCGACUGCCACCCUAGAAUGGGACCCACACUGCUUCGACUCGGCCAAGAAUAUUGACAUCUACCUCCAAUCACUCGAUGUAGCCCAGCCGAUCCAUGUGUGGAAGAACGUGGUAGCCUCCAGCGCCAAACUGUCGACCCAAUUCAUCCCCGAUUGGUGGAACAGCACCCAAUCCGUCUCCCUCCAGAUCGUCAUCACCCCCUCCGACCUGCCCCUAUGGGCCGGCCUCGGUCCAGGGCCGAUCUUCUUUGCUCACUUCAAUGGCUCCAUUCCCGCCGGCGCACCCACCUCGGCUCACGAAGGCAAACAGCUCGGAGGCCCUAGCAUCGAGUACAUCACCGACCUCUUCCAUCGCUCCCACCACGCACUCAGUGGUGGCAAGCUUGGCGCAGCAAUCUUUUUACCCCUCUUGGCCGUCGCCAUCGCUAUCUCGAGCUAUAUCUUCAUCUCCCGACGCAGAAGUGGCCAGGCCAGCAAACGCUGGAGUGAGUACGUCGACAAGCGGAUGUCGGUCAUGGGCUCCCAGACCUGGGACAGCCCCAUGGCCGGAUCGGACCCCCUUCCCUCCGUCCGAGGGAUCCCCGGCAGUCGGGUGGCUUCCAUGUACCGCCACUCAGCCUCGCUUCCCCAACGAGACUCGAUGAUUCAUGCUCCCAAUGCCAGGCUGAGCACCUUCAGUCUCAACCGUCCCGUUUCUGUCAGACCUCCAACCCUUCCUGGUCACCAUUCUCGCAACACCUCCCUCGCCGGUAGUGCCGCCAGAGUCUCCUUCGUCGACCGUCAAUCCGGGAUCUCUUUCCCUCGUCCAGGCUCUGAGUUUCACCCCAACCCCAACGAGCCGCCAGUCGCUCCUUUCCGACCUGCCCAUCAAGCUACCUCGAGCAUGAGCAGGAGUGUCAGCAACUUGCGCUUCGAACUGGACGCCAAACCGACCACUGAUUCUCCAUCUUCUAAUAAGUCGAAGCCGCUCAAAGUAGACACGGAGGUGCUAUCGGACCGGGCCUCGAGUGCGGGCUCCUCGGAUAAGCAGUCGGGCUCGGGGAUGCGCCGCCUAGACGGCGCCUCGACACUCAGUCCAGACGAGGCCCUUCGCCAGUACACCCUGUUCCGUGGCCGCGACGAAGAGCGCGCUUCGACACCCAGCAACGCGGCCAGAGCCGACCGAGGCUCGCCCAAGUGAGACUAUUGUCUCCCCUUCGACGCCAUCCCCCUCCCCCCUUUUACGACUCCUGCGCUUUACAACCUUCUCUCUCUCUCUCUUCAUUCAAACUUUAAAUGCCAAAUUAACGAUCGCACGAAACAGUCAUCAACCCUUCUUGGCCUCGUCUGCUUCCUCUCUUCUACUACUUCUCAUCAUGACUAGCUCAAUUUCAUUUUGUUUUCUUAUACCUGCUCCUCUAACCUGUUCAAAGCAAGGACAAAGAAAGGACUGUUGUUGGUGAUGCCCCUCACGGAACCCUAUCCCCCUUUUUCUGCUUCGGAUCGGCUCGAUGGGUGGUUCAGACUGUCUCUGUGCGUCUCCAAAAAUAACUGAGGACUACUGCGUAGAAGGACACUCGGCUCGGAUUCAAUUCGUUCGAUGCUUGCGCCGGUCAGAAGUCUGUUGUUGUUUUUUUUGUUCUCCGCGCCUGUCAUGAUCUUGGGUCUCUACCGCUGCUCCUCUCUCUGUCCUCGUCUUGAUUUCGGAGUCUUCUUGUUCAUCCCUCGAACACAUACGAAUCUCAUACCAAGAAAAAAAAAACUAACACGCAAUGUCUGAUUUUGGUCUCUCUCUCUCCCUUGUCAUUAUUACCAUUAAUUCUAUACAUCAACAACCUUUGUUCUUCUCUUCUUCUUCCUCUCGUACUUGAAUAUUUUAUCUAUUUCAUGCCCUUUCUUUUGUUUUUUCCUUUCAUCUCAGAUCGGGAUGCCCUUUCUUCUUCUUUUUUUUAUGGGUUUUAUUGUUAUGAACUUGCAAGGAUUGGUCUUUCCUCUUUUUUUUUUAUAGGACUGAGAGGAUAAUUGAUCACUACAACAACACCCUUCCUUUUUUCCAUCUCUCACUCUCAUUCCAUCUCUUUGGAUUCAUUAAGGGAAGUAAAUUUAUUCAUGGAAUUUGAUUCUGAUGAUGGACGGCUAAAAA